AUGGCAGACUCUGAUCUUGUGCAGAGAGUCUUCCUGUAUCUUUUUGAGAAAAACUUGAGCCUCUUGAAUGCAUAUCUGGUGUGCAAAAGGAAGCUUGAAAGUAAAAAGGAGGCACUGCUGAUCCUUUCCAAAGAGCUGGACACGUGUCAACAAGAAAGAGACCAGUACAAGCUUAUGGCCAACCAGUUGCGGGAACGACACCAGUCUCUGAAAAAGAAGUAUCGUGAGCUAAUUGAUGGGGAUCCAUCCCUUCCGCCUGAAAAGAGGAAACAGGCAAAUCUUGCUCAACUACUGAGUGAGGCUCAAGAUCGAAAUAAACAUCUUGGAGAAGAGAUUAGAGAGCUUCAACAGAGACUGGGAGAAGUACAAGGGGACAAUAAGCUCCUUCGAAUGACGAUAGCAAAGCAAAGACUUGGAGAUGAUGAAGUUGGGGCUCGCCACUUUGCAGCACAUGAACGGGAGGACCUUGUUCAACAAUUGGAGAAGGCUCGAGAACAAAUCGAGGCUCUGAGAUAUGAUCUUCAGGCUGCACUGGAUGAGUUGCAUGAUGUGAAAGAGGAACGCUCUUUUUACCAAGAUAAGUCUGACAGACUAAACCAAGAACUUAAUCAUGUCUUAGGAGGGCAUGAAAACCGUAUCAUCGACGUGGAUGCUCUGUGUAUGGAAAACAGGUAUCUUCAAGAGAGAUUAAAGCAACUUCAAGAGGAAGUCAACCUUCUUAAGUGUAAUAUUACUAAAUAUAAGAGUGCACUAGAGAGACGAAGAAAUUCUAAGACUCAGAGUAGAUCCAGUAGCAGUGCUUUGACUGGAGUCCUGUCUGCAAAGCAAGUCCAGGAGUUGUUGUCGGAGGAUCAUGGAUGUAGCCUACCAGCCACACCACAGUCCAUUUCAGAUCUCAAAUCACUGGCCACCGCAUUGCUGGAAACUAUCCAUGAAAAAAACAUGGUCAUACAACACCAAAGGCAAACCAACAAAAUUCUAGGUAACCGAGUGGCAGAACUAGAAAAGAAAUUAAGAACUUUGGAAAUUGCUGGCUUGUGGAGUCUUCCAGGCCUGAGCUACAAUGUCUCAGUGGGAUUUGGGAGUGGAAAAGAUACCAUAACGUUCAGUGACCCAACCUUGCCUGUUAUACAGCGAUCCAGGUCACCGUUGUUAACGUUUACCGAUAAGCCACAGAAAAGUGAAGUACAAGUAGCAGAAGAGAAUGUUUUGCUGAUAACCUUGAGACUUAAGUUCCAGCUCUUCCAAGUAGCAUUCCUGGCCUCCUUCAGUGGUCAUGAGAGUGUCUGUUCCCUUCAUGCCAACCCUUGUCGCUCGCUCGACCACCCCCAAAUUAUAAAUGAGAUGGGUCUGAUGGAGACACUACCUUCCAAGGAAGAAGAAAUAAACAAGCUCGGAAGUCAGAUAAUUAAACUGACAGAGCAGGCAGUUGCAGAACUGGAAGGGAAGAGAGCAGGCGCUUCCGCGGGGGAGCAGGACACGGCGGUUGGAGCAGAGCUUAAUGGUUCAUCUGAGGGAGAGUUCCCUCUUUCCAGCCCCGACCCAUCUGACCCCACAGAUCCCUCAAACUCGGAGAAUGAACAGAUGGCUGAAACUGAGGCCCUGAAAGACAGCGAUGAAACCUCAGAGAGCGAUUGUGAAAUUCCAAAUGAAAGAGGGGAUCAAAAUAGCAGCUCCGCCAGUAAUUUGACGCUGCAGCAUUUCACUGGUAUUAAGCAGCAGGCCUUAGGAACAGAACACAUCUGUGUGUUUAAGCUUACUGGGGACAUGAAGCAGUAA